ACUGACCCAAUUUUGGGUACAAACUAAAGCCCUAUUUCGAGUUUUCUGACAUUAAAAUAAAGCAAUGAGAACGCUUCGCCUAGCUCGACGUUCGUCAUCGUUUGGUCGCAUGUGUACAUACUACAUAUAUUGUGUUCGUGUAGGUAGUGUUUACGAGCUGUAUUUUUACGCAGUCUCAUAUCAGAACGCCCGUUGAAUAGUCGGAUUGUGUGUGGUGAUAAGUAUUUUUAUUGUAUUACUAAAGGAACAUACUUAUUUUUGACAAUGGGGAACAUAGUGUUUUCAAUAAUCUGGCUCGUGAUCCUAAUAUUCAUAGCAUUUUGGGUCGCAGGAAUAGCUGCGGGGAUAUACAUUAUAGUACUACCCUUCACUGUAUGCAUAGAACCUUUAGAGGGCUUAGCUGAUUUCUUAUUAUCAGUUGUUCAGUUCCCGAAAUACUGUGCCCAAGCGAUGGUGGAAGGCAAAGGUUUCAAUUAAUUUCUAGUCGUACAUAC